GUGUCGAAAAGAAAUCCGAUCCCCUUCUCUUCCGCCCUGGUACCUUCUUGGAAGCCUUCCAAGGGACUAGGGUUUCGUCCCCAUUCCUCUUCGAAACCCUAACCGUACCCGUAGCCGAGGAUUUUCGCCAUGGAGCCCGGCGGGCAGGGCUUCGCCGGAGGCGUCGGAGACCGCGACGGGUUCCACCGCAACGAGGCGAUCUCCGCUGUUCAGGACGAGGAGCAGUUCUACGGGGAGGACGACUACGACGACCUGUACAACGACGUCAACGUCGGGGAGGGCCUCCUCCACUCCGUCCACCGGAGCGACGAGCCCAGGGGGUAUCCGAGGGAGGAGGGCAACAGGAGCAACCCGGCGCCGGCGCCGGCGCCGGCCCUCCCGCCCGCGCCGCUCCCGCCGUCCGGGAAUGCGCCAGAGAAGGUCCAGAUCCCCGGAAUCGCUGGCGACCCGAAGAUCGAGAGACCAGUGGAUGGAUCCGGUGGUUUUCAUGAGCAAGGGUUCAGGGGAGGCGGGGAAUUGGCGGUGGCGGCACGGCCCACGGCGCCACCCCCGGCUGGAAGUAGGCCCGAGUUAGGGCAGUCUUCUGGUCGACCCGGCGGGAUCCAGGGGCAAACGGGGAGCUCUGGAUAUGGGAACGAGGGUUAUCGAAGGCCAGGGAGUGGCUUUGGAGGUGACGCGAGGCAGGGAGGAGGCGGAGGACUGGCAGCGGGAGGAGGGGGCGUUAAUGGAGGAGGAGAAGGAGCUGGGGGGACUACUCUCUUCGUGGGGGAGCUUCACUGGUGGACGACGGACGCUGAUCUCGAGGCAGAGCUCAGCAAGUACGGGCAGGUGAAGGAGGUGAAGUUCUUCGAUGAGAAGGCGAGUGGGAAGUCGAAGGGGUACUGCCAGGCUGAUUUCUAUGAUCCAAUGGCUGCUGCAGCAUGCAAGGAAGGGAUGAAUGGGCAUGUGUUCAACGGCAAGCCCUGUGUUGUGGCAUUUGCAUCGCCGAGCACUGUUCGUCGGAUGGGCGACGCUCAAGUAAAGAAUCAGCAGAUGACAGCCCAGUCGUCAGCACUAGCUCAGAAGGGCAGAGGAGGGGGAGGAGCCCCAUCUGGUGGUAAUUGGGGGAGGGGGGGUGGUGGUGGUAAUUGGGGGAGGGGUGGAAUGGGAAACCGAGGACCGAUGGGGAAUAUGAGGAACAGGAUGGGGCCGGUAGGCGGCAGAGGAAUUAUGGGAAAUGGCGGGAUGGUCGCUCCACCUCCUCCAGUGCUACACCCUGGUGCCAUGCUUGGUCAAGGUUUCGAUCCAACUGGUUAUGGAGCAGCCAUGGGGAGAAUCGGUGGCGCAUAUGGAGGGUUUCCUGCAGGACCAACGGCAUCUCCAUUCCCAGGAUUGAUGCCUUCAUUUCCUCCAGUUGUGGCUCCUCAUGUGAACCCAGCCUUCUUCGGAAGGGGAGGGAUGGCUGCUGGUGGGGUUGGGAUGUGGCCGGAUCCCAGCAUGGGUGGAUGGGGAGGUGAAGAACAGUCAAGUUAUGGGGAUGAUGCUGCUUCAGACCAGCAGUAUGGAGAAGGAAGCCAUGGGAAGGAUAGGGGUCCUGAUCGGGAUUGGUCGGGGGCUUCAGAUAGAAGGCAUGACAGGGAGAAGGAUAUGGGUCCUGGGCAGGAGUGGUCAGAAAGGAGGCAUCGUGAUGAAAGAGAAAUGGGUAGGGAGAGAGAUCGUGACUGGGAGAGAGACAGGGAGAGGGAGAGGGAGAGAGAAAGGGAGAGGGACAGGGAUAGAGAGAGGGAAAGGGAGAGGGAAAGAGAGAGGGAGAGGGAUAGGUAUCGGGAUGACAGAGACCGUCAUGGGGAUCACUACAGGCACAGGGACCGUGAAUUGGAGCAUGAUGAUAACUGGGAUAGAGGACGAUCAUCAAGGCAAAGAAGCAGGUCACGGGAGGUGGAGCAUUCAAAGAGGCGGCAUUUGUCAUCUGAGUAAGAUGGGACCUUACCGAGUUCCUUAGCUAGGAAGGAGAUCAAUGAUUCCUGGACAAGCAUGUUGUCAGACUUAUUUAAGUUUUAGACUUAGUAUUUUCAUGCCUAUGGGACACAUGUGCAGAGGAUGCUUGCAGGGACCUGUUGUUGCUAUCAUUUUAGAUAUAUAGUGCAGAUGCUUUAAAGUGCUGUCAAUUGGUGCUAAUUGACCUGUGCCACGAUAUCUGUGGGUCAAUUUACUGUAGACAAGGGUGAUUUAGGGUGUUAUUCAAGCAACAUUCAAAUGAUCAUAUAUAGGUCAAGGAUUAAUUCAAUCAUCUUGAAGGGUAGAAGAGCAGUUGGAAAUGGUUUGGCUACAGUAGCAGGUCCCUCUUUGUCAUGUGGAUGCUGGUCUUCUUCUGAGCUUACAAAUUGAAUGAGUGAUGCGAAUGAUUGCAUGUAUUCUGCUCCAGAACUAAUUAGCUGUACUCUUUGAGUUUGAAACCUUUUGACUGUAUUAAAGUGCUGUAGGAAAUUUCACUGCCUGGAAUGUAAGAAUUAAGUUAAAAGACAGGAAAAUGGUCUUGCUGAUUUACAUUGGUUCGCUGUUUGUGCAAUAUCUGAUCUUGCGCAAAGCGAUGUCGGGAUAGAUCUUUGGUUAGUCCUGGUGGAAACAGGUGCUGUUCUUGAUUUGCUAUUCUUUUUUAAUGUAUGAUGAUGUUCAUGAAAUAA